AUGAAGCUCUUUCUGGUUCUCAUUAUUCUGCUGCUUGAGGAACCCACAGAUACGGCACGACCAAAAAAAUGCUUCAGUAAUGUAAAAGGCUACUGCAGGAAGAAAUGUGAAAUGGGGGAAGCAUAUGAAAUAGCAUGUCUAAAGGGGAAGUUAUGCUGUGUUAAGGAAGAGAACAGUAAAUACCUGGGUGCUCAAGAGCUACCUCCAUCUCCAAUACAGUCUGAUGGAAUGGACUAUAUUAUUUUAUCCACCACCACACUUCUCACAGCCCAACCAUAA